GAAGAGUCAGCUAAUUUUUUUUUUGUUACUAAAGUCCUAGGCGCUCUGGAAUCAAUGGCAGCGCUAGAGUUAAAAGAACAUCUAUCACUGAUGCUAAAGAACUUGAUACCAGCGGCUCUAGAAGGUCAAUUAGAUAUGAAGUUAGCACAGUCAUUUCGGUCGACGUGGGAAGCAUUUAAUCGAGUUCUACCACAUUCCUUAUGGGAAAUGACAGAUCCACUCAUAUUAUUUAAAUGUGACUCCCGUGUAUUUCGUUCGGACGAGCUGCUACCAAUAUGGCUCCACAUUUUGUCGUCCUUGAGAACUACAAAUAUAGUAGCACUGACAAAUGCUCAAGAUACAGCAAUGCUUCAAUUAUUAUUGGAACUCUGUCUAAGGAGACAUGAAGACAAAGAAAACGAAGAUGCUUUACAAAAGUCAAGGAAACUUAUCUGCGACUUUAUUCAUACUAUAUUUAUUGAUGGCGAUCGUGACAUGUUACUCGCUAAAAUCCUACAUUUUCAGACGUAUUCUACAGAACUAAUUCCGGUGGUCGUUGAAAUGAUACCCUCCAUAUACAUAGUAAUGAGCUUCAUCCCUGAACUAACUCGACAACCUCAAAUCGAGAAGCAAGUAUUUGGUAUUUUAAUGGGAUGUUACCUUUGCGAGAAGUACCCUCUCGAAACUUAUCUCCUAACUGCUGAAAAGCAUAUCUUACCACGAUUAUUGCGUAUCGCUUUUCCAGUAUCUCGGGAUGGCCAAGUGUCACCAAGCUGUGUGCCUUCUGAGCAUCUUGUCAAAGCUAUACCCGGAUUCGUGCAUCUUGCUCGAGCAUUUCCUCACUUCGGCCCUCAAAUAUUAAGUGCAUUUGAUGAAAUUGAGAAAGGGUUACCGAAACCAAAGGAUUUUAUUGGCCAAGAAGGAAAUAGUAAGAUUAUUUUACUGCUUCAAUUACAUAAGGUUUUGAAAGACUCGCGCGACCUUGUACAGAUUGAAGUAGGAAGAAUGGAUGAUGUUAAUAAAAUAACUAUGUAA